AGCCCACCUCCAACUCUAACUCCCACCCCUUUCCCCCGACAUGAUAAGUGGAAAAAGACGAGCCUUUCGAAUUCAUGGAUGAAAAACCUAAAGGGAGUUAACUUCACAGGACGCAAGAAAGUUUUCACAGAUACACCAGCCGCUGCUGUGGCGCUUUUCGUCCCGUCCAUGAGCGACUAAAAAAAAGUCCCAGAGCUGAGGUGAGGGCGCACGGUCUGCUGCACAAUCCCAACAAGGACGCUGAAGAGACACUUCCCAGAGAAAAAAGGAGAGAUAGGAGAGAGAGAGAGAGAGGCUGAGAUAGAGAUCCUAUCUCACUCUCCCAGCUGAGGUUCUAGGAAGAUCGUGUCCGUCGACUUGAAACUGCAGGACAAUGUCUAGUAAAGCAACUCUAGCAUUGUUCAUCUAUGGAAUCAUAAUGCAUCACAGCAUCAACUGCUCACCUGUAGGAAUAAGCUUUCCAAGUAUAAGACUUGACAGUGAGGUUUAUGAUGAGGGUGGCAACUCCUUACCAUCCCUGGAUUAUGAUGGAGAUCAGUUGGAGGUGAGAAGCCCCUCUUCCGUCGCAGACGAUGUCUUCACCAUGUUCUACCCAUCAGAGAAAAGAAUGGAAAGGCAUGCAGACGGCAUGUUUAAUAAAGCCUACAGGAAAGCGUUGGGUCAGUUAUCAGCAAGGAAAUACCUUCAUUCUCUGAUGGCAAAACGUGUAGGUGGGGGAAAAACGCUGGACGACAGCUCGGAACCCCUCUCCAAGCGACACUCAGACGGGAUCUUCACAGACAGCUACAGCCGCUACAGGAAGCAAAUGGCUGUGAAGAAAUACCUGGCUGCGGUCCUGGGGAAAAGCCUUGAAGACAUAGGUUUUCACCAUGUCCUACAAGUGAUAGACUUUGACGCCCUCCCGGACGGGGAUGAGCUUGACGCUUUUUUGAGAGACAGACUGAAACAGUUUUCUCCCGAAUUUGCGGUGAGUUUCCGGCUCUUUCCCGAAGGUGGGACUUCUCAAGUCUCUCCUGUUUUUUUUUUUUCCUUUGCCCUACUCUUUCUUCUCACCUCGUGAGCUUGUUUCAGACUCUCGAAUCUAGCUCUUCUUUUGCCUCAUCUGUGCUCCUGUCUCACUGAUUAAAAGUUGACUUCUCUGACAACAAGAACGCAGGCUGUCAGUGAUGACUGGCUCAAAGAAAUCUGUAAAUCUGGCUUAAUUUAGACUCGUGUUAGGUCAAAGGGGCAGUUUAGAUUUUUUUAAAGUGAGGUUCUGUGAGGUUAUCGUCUGUGAAAGUUCCCUUACCGAUUGUAGAAAGAUGCUUCCAAACACUGAGUUUGUAGAGAAGUGAAAAAAAUCCUGUGAUCACAUGAAAUGUCUGGCAACUAAUUCAGCAUUUAUUUUUUGCAAUACAGACACUGUUGCAUUUGCACUUCUCUUCCACAUGCAUUUUAAGUGUUUUCAAAUGAAAACAGAUAUACAGAAAAUCUUUCUAAAAUGGAUACUUGAGAUUUUUCCAUAUGGGCUAAUCUAUAAUGUAGUUGCCUACUUUUGCUCUCUAAACUAGAAACCACAAAACAAUGAAACAGGUUUGAAGGGUAAAGAGAGUAAGAACAAUGUUUCUUUUCACCUCAGACACUCCAAAAAUGUUUUACUAUGACACCAAAAAAUGGCAGCAGAUUUGUCACUAGUCGUGUUUUCUUUCUUUUAAAAAAAAAAAAAAAAAAGCAGCAAGAAAGGUCAGAAUAAUCAAUACACAUCAGUGCAAAUUUGCUAGACUGGCAACACUUAUUUUUGUAGAUGUAUUUGCCACCUGCUGGCACAGCAUAGGUUUUGCACCGUUGUUGAGUGGAAUCCCAGCAGUGUAGAUGUGAACGUGAUCAAGAACAGGGGAAACGAAAGUACCGGAAGUACCCAGACAGCAGCAUGGGGUGAAGAAUGGCCUAAACCCGGGGCCCAGUUUAAAUCAGUUCCCUUUUUUCCAGAAUUACUUUUAUGUUCUGUUAAAUUCAGUUUUUUUCUUUUAAUUUUGACAAUACCUUGGUCCACAAAGUAAACACAUUAUUAAACCCCCUAAAUUAUUUAAUCAUAUAUCUUAAUGUAUAUAAUUCCAAUAGUUCAAUUAAAUAAAUCCAAAGGUUUUGGAUUAAUUAGACUCUUUGUAACUCACUCACCUUCAGGGUGCAUGUUUUUUUUUACAGCUAGGACUUUUUUGCUCCCUCUGGAGUUUCUGCUGUAUUGCAGGGCUAACCGAGGUCUUGAAAGCUGCUAUGAUGUUAUAACAAAACUUCACCAAAAACACAUGGAGCUAUAUUUAUAUUUAUAUUUAAAUAAGUCUGUAACUGGACUCAUACAGCUAUAAAAAGUGUUCAGUAAAUGCACACCACGCUCUGUUGGGAAGCUCUAAGAGAAGCUUGCUUCCUCUAUGUUUGAUAGUAGUCCUUGAUAACUUAGAGGAAGAUAAUUUCUCUCACAUUAUGAACCAAGUGCUUUUGAACCUGUAAUAAUUAAUGACUAGUGUUUUAGCAUUAUACUGCACUGUCCAGGCCUCUCCCACAUGGCUGCAGCUCAGUCUGCCCCAACAAAAGAGGAUGUGGAGUGGGUGUAGACUGACAAGCUGUUGAGUCCGAAUCUGGUUUGGAGUCAGGGGGUUUGAGAAUGCUGAGAAGGGGCAGACUAGGGUUGGGUAUUUUUACCCUGUUGUUGAUUUUAAACAAAUUUCAUUACAUUAUCUACGAUCUGAUAAUUUAAAAAAAAAUGUGAGCACCAAUACCCACUCUCGAUUCACUUCCAAACCGUAAUUUCCUCUAAUGUUUUGAUCCAACGGAUUAUCAUAUAGCCAGUGAAGAAUUGAUAAUUUUCCCUAAAAACCAACCUUUUCUCACUCUGAUGUUGGCUUUUCCAAAUUCCCAGAGCGAAAUACAACAAUGCCCCCUAAGGUCAGAAAUCUUUAGUAUCCAAAAUGGCUGCCACUCAUAUAUGAUAGAACAAAGUAAAAGUUUCAGGCACAAAGUACUUAUGAGUAUUUAUCAGGUACUGCAUAUUAGUGUCCAUUUUUUAAAUCCAAAACCAUAAAAAAAAAUAAAAAAAUUCAGAGGUAACCUCAAAAGGCGCUGUCUGUCAUCUUGUAUCGGAUAAGAAACUGGGUCAUGAUAACCUACCAAGGUCAUGUGCUUCUUAAAGUUUGCAGCGCCUCGGCCUCGGCUACUGUUGGAAUUAGAAGUUAUUUUGACUAAAUAGGGAAAUUUGGAAGUGAUUUGGAAAAAAAUAGUUAAAUAGGGGGAAGACAGGCCUCCCUUUGCGCUUUGAUUUAAUGCAAUACGAUACAUUGAGAUGUUGCAAGCUAAUUAGGCUUUCCGACUUAACAGCUUUUAAAGUGUUUUAAGAAAAAUAAUUUACAAGAUUAGAAUUAAUUAUAAUUUCAGUACAAUGACCCAGUGCCAUUGAAAGAUCUCCCCUGCAGAUAAACUCUCAGCAUUACCUCGUCACACCGCUGCAUAUCUGCCUUCGGCUUAAAUGGCGUAGGAAGAUAGAGCAGCAUCACCUUCUUACGCAUUUAACUCUGUAGCAAACUUAAUUUAACCACUGUCUAAGACAGCUGCCACAUACAUCUAAAAAUUCAAUGACGUGAGCCCUGCAGCUUUGUAAACCUCAAAUGAGUGCCGCUGCAACUGAGAUUUCCCAGUAAAGGCGAUGCAGAUUCCCAAACUGGACUCUCAUAAACUGAUAGUGAAACUGACACCUUUCUCUAUGUUGUUAUAUGUUUUUUUGAGCCCAUGUGGAAUUUCAAUCUCAGAUGGUUGAGCCAAAUAUAUAUGUAGAAGAUUGUAAAUACCACAUCCUUGAUCCCAAUACGCAUGCACUGCUCCAACUGAGAGUCCAUCCAAUCUGACUCAUAUACUCAAAGCCAUAACAGCACUUGGUGCUCCACAAAAUUUCCCCACAUUGUGACCUGUGUAACACAGGUUUUUCACAACAUCAACAUACAUGGAAGGUAGAGAACACGUAAAAUGAGAUAAAGUAAACUUAAUCAAAUUCAAGGGACGUGAAAACUGGUGUCAUUGCUAGAAUUAUUGGAAAAUAUCUCAGCUCUCAAAAGAUUGAAACAACUUUAAAGCAGGAACAGCAGCAGAAUAAGAUUACAUUUCAGGUGUUCAACAGUUCAUUUUUAAAAAUCACGUAUUUAGUUUCCCGCUAACAAUUAUUUAAUCAAACAUUAGCACUGUGUUGUAAAGGCGCGUCUGAGAAUCAGUAAACAUCAGUUCAUCUUCACACUGUAUUAAAUAUAGACGUUUCUAAUCAGUGAAUAUAACGUUGCAUCCCAUGGGCUUCAACACUUUCAAUGUGUUUUUCAAAAGCUAAAAUCAGCCUAAUCAUUGGCCUCUGACAGGCUAGCUGUUAAUCAUCUGCUGCACUUUGGAUUUCCUCAGCUUUCAACAAAUUCAGCGUGAUAUGACACCUUUCUGCCUCACAUAAGGAAACCUUUAACUGAUUAUAAAGUCCCAGAACCUCACUGAAAGAACAUUCGGAUGUUUUUCCAAAAGCUGAAAACAUGGGCUCUGAGACAAAGACCAGAGCACUUCUGAGGUUUUCCCCUGCUUUUUUUCCCCACUUGAACUUUGUUCACAAAGAGAUCCUCCACUUCUGACUUGUGUAAAGUGCCAAUGAUGUGUGUCUAUCAACUUCAACCUAAUGAACCUAAUUUGUUUGGAGAUUUUCUCUUGUCUCUUUGUCCAUAUAAUAUCAAUCACAUUUCAAGCAUAAAAAGCAAUCAAGGGAAAAAAAAGAAAAAAAAAAGAAGAACGAAACUCCCAAAAGAAAUGAGACUUGUUACAUGAUUUUCUUCAUUGGGUUUGUUCUGUGUAAGGGACAUACAAGGUGGUUUGAACUCUGCAUCUAUUGUGCUUCCCUGUUUUCUGUCAUGUGAACCGCUGUACAAACUCCAAACAGACUGCAUGAUUAAAGUAAUUGCACCAGCUCAUCGCAUCUGUGCAGACAACUAGGUGGUUUUGCUUGCUUUCUGACCUCUACAACGCAAACAUAUCUGUUAUUGCUGGAUGUUUUGGUGUUCUGUUCUCCUCACACUUCUACACAACUCGUUUGUUGAAACUUAUGAAUGUACUUUACUGCUGGUAGGAAUUUAUCAAUACGAUGGAAUCUAUUAAUGCUUACUAUGAUUAUUACUUUCAAAGAUACUUCUAAAUAAGCAGUUGUAUCUUAUAACUUCUGUCUGCAGAUAGACACAACAUCUGCCAUAAUUGGUCACAUUUUAAGGACAGAUAGCACAUAAACUGAUAGAAGGCCUUGCUGAUUUUCAGGCAAAAUUUACCCACUCGUUACUCACUUACAGAUGCACUUACAAACUGCAAUAUCUCUAAAAGUAUCUCAUACAUUUAAUUAAUUCAGUACAAAAUAUCAACUUCACAUAUUCGAUAGAUUCAUGACACACAGAGGGGUAUCUGUCUAGUGCUGAUUUCUGUUAAUCUUGAUGAAUAUGGCUUACAGCUAAUGAAAAUCUAAAACAGAUAAAAACAGUUUUCCUGCAGAUAGUCAUUGACACACUGCGUAAAAAGGUUAAGCCACAAAGGCUUAUUGCUAAGGAAGCCAAAUGUAUCAAAGUAAAGUUGAGUGGAAGAAAAAAGUGCACGGAAGAGCUGUGCAACCAGCAGAGACAACGCAGCAUAGCACUGUUACGCAUAUUCGCCAUUGCUGUGUUUCUGGUUUUGGUCUCGACCGCGUUCGAUUCAGAAAUGGGUUGAGCUCGGUCAGUUUUGCUGGCUGCUCAGGCGCAGUGAUACUCUGGUCAUUCAGUAAUUAAACGGCAACAGUCCAAUUUUCUUUCUCCUUGGUCCAGGAAAGACUCUCCGUGGUUAAGGAGUGGGUUAAAACAAAGAAUGUGACCUUUACAGCCCAUGCCCCUGGUACGUCCGUCUAUACGUGGGGGUUCUUGAAGCUUUGACCCAACCUGCGGUUUAUGCCUUUUAAGACUCCCUCAGACUUUUAAAUGUGCAUAGCUUCCCAAUUAUCUCGUGGUCAUCCCAGCUACACGUUUAUCUUUCACUCAACCUUCCCUUAAUAGGCUGGCACCCUGCACUCUAAGAGCGACCAGUUUCUUUAGCAAAAACCAUUUGCAGGUUACCUUCCUUACAGAUGUCAAUGACUGUCAGCUGGACAAUUGUCAAGUCAGCAAUCUUUACCUUGACACAGUAGGCUAUAGCACAACAGUUAUGUGUAAUAUUCUAAUUUAUGGUAAAGAAUGAGUUUCGGAUUUUCAUUCUCUGUAAGCUACGAUCUAAAUCUGCAGAAACUGCUUGAGGUAUAUCACUCGGAGUAUAAUGAAGCUAUAAAAACACAUACGUAUACAUUUUUGAAAUUGAAUUUCUGGAAAUAAAUCAACUUGUUGACUGUGUUCUGAUUCAUGGAGAGGCACCUGUAUAAAAAGAUAAAUAAAAGGAGGACAGGGUUAAAGUUGUCCCAUCCCUCUGUUACUGUAUCAAUCUUUCUUUACUUCUGCAUUUUCCUCCAGGCUUUGUGACGCAGUGGAGCAGUUUGCAGCUGUGGUGCCUUGCAUCGACUGUAAUUAAAAAACAGGAAAAAAAAAGCUAAAAAAAAAAAAAAAAAAAGAAUUGCCA